AUGUCUAGCGGCGCAAAAACGCGCUGCAAUGGAGCAAUACGAAACAGCGCAAUAUCUGGCCGACUUAUAACGAUGAUUGCUUUGUCAAUUCCUUCGUUUAGGAAGCCUAGAAAUGACAAGGAAUAUACAGUCUACGAAAUUCACAUCACGAAGCCCAAUGGACGUGAAGUAAUAAAAGAGCAUCGCUACAGAGAAUUUGACGAUUUCCAUAAACAAAUCAGCAAAAUUGUACACGAACCUCUUCAAUUUCCUUCAAUGAAAAUACCAAAGCCUUUGAAUACAAGCUCACGAUUCUUGGAAUCGAGGAGAGAAGCUCUGGAGAAGUACUUAAGGACAGUUUGUUCUUUUAUUGGGAUUAGCGAAGUUCACGACCUUUUAACGCAAUUUUUAGACAUUAGUUUACCGCAACACUUUCAAAAUGUGGAUGUGUCACGAGCAAGUUCGACUGAAGAGUUGGAUGCCUAUAACGAUGAGGUAACGAGAUUGACUCAUCAGCCAUUGAUGUGCUUCAUCAGUGAUCCCUUCAAAGACAGAAAUGGUAACAACCCUUUGCCAGAUAUUGUUUUGCAAGGCACACUCAAAGGUCUCUAUGGAUAAGGUAUUGUCUAUAUUUGAGAAAUCUUCUAAGUGGACAGUAUUCAUUUGAUGAUUAUCAGGAGAAAUUGAUUUGUUCCAAUGAAAGAUUUAGGCCUGUGCUCAUCAUUGUCACUGUUUGAAUUGUUUUCAUUGUAGUUUGAGAGGGAGGCAUGGAGAGAGGGGACCUGUCUCACUGGGAAACUUUUCAGGGUGUGUUUAAGUCUGCCAUUGACUGCUGAUUGCUCAUCCAUAGGAGCUUAAGCAUAGAUGUUUUUAGAUGACUUUCCACAUCCAAGAAGUGGCUAUGCUUAACCUCCCUUUAUAAAAUAAAUGAUAUACUACAAGCACCCUGAUUGGUCUAAAACCUAAUAUCAAUUGUAUUGUAAACCUCUAGAUAUUUUAUAGAAGCACCACCCACACUUUUAGUUGGUUUACCUAGCACUAACCCUCUUGGGAUGUUAGGAGAAGACUUGCAAAGUUUGAGAAUUACUUGCCCCUGGCUCAUGAUUUCCAAACUUUUCUCAUAUUCUCUAAACAUCCCGCGUGGGUUUUUACGCUGGUAAACUGAUAUAAAGUACAGUCUGUCUCAAGUAAUUUUUGUAUGUUUUAGCAUAUGUUGAAAAAAACAAAACACCUAAUAUCAUGGAACAGUAGACUUGAUACUAAGGAUUUUCUGGGAAUUGUGGUUACUCCUGAUGUGGCCCAUCUUUCAUUUUAUCUUGUGUCAGUAAUUUGAUAUUCCACACAACAUCACAGUUAUUACUGUAACACAUCCCAAUAAUUUGGAGAUAUUUAUUGUAAAAAUUUAGAAAACCUGAAAAAUUGGCAAUGCAGAUAUGCCAUUCUCCCAGAGCAAAUAUCCAUGAAUACCACAUCAAACUCCUUCUUUCCUGCUAAAUAACUAAUUCAAAAAAACUUUUGGGCACCAUAGAAUAACAGAUUUUAAUGCACUUUUUUGACUUUUUAACUCUUUUUUUAGCAGUUCUUCACAUAUUUUUCUGCCUUUGUGAAAUAUUUAUAAACAUAUAAGAAAAGAAAUCCAAACACUGUUAGUUUUGCAGGCCUUUUUAAAUCUUCGAUUAAAAUGUUAUUUAUGUACUGAGAUUCAAUUAAUGACAAUGUUGUAAAGUUUAUUCAGAGUAACAGUUUUCUUAACUGCAAUAAUCACAGGAAAUAGUUGUUACCUUAUUUAUAAAGGACUUUUUAAAUAAAUGAUUUGAUUUCCAUGUUGGAUAGCUUCUUUCACAUACUGAAGAAUAAGAUUUUGCUAAGAUUUCCAACAAGUUUACCUGUAGGAAGAACCAUUGUUUCUUCUUGUAAGUGGUGCAGGAGAUUUUUUGUAACUCAA